GACGCCACAUGUUUAGUGCCAUCAAGGGAACGAGACUCGAGACUGUGGCUGUCCCGCCGUGCCAACUCGGGUCGUUCUGUCUGGAGAAAAACAUCUCUUCAUUUCGAUGUAAGCAAAGGGAGGCAGAGGCCGUGAUUGUAAAUUGGAGCAAGUUUGUGUGAAUAAAAGCUGGCUAGCACGCCAUAGGAAGCGCUGCGGGGCCAGGGGGACAAUCAAUAGACUUUUUUUCAUUUGAUCUCGCUUGUACUCACUGUCAGAUGUGAUAACGUUGUCUGACACGGGACAAUGGAAUGGUUUGUAUUCGGUGUGCUCCUCUUUUGAAACGAGCGCAUACCUGUCUGCAAAAUCUCCACCUUGGUGCACACUGUAGCGCAGCGUAAAGUGGACGGCAACUUCUCUCCGACUUCACUGGAAUGAUGCGCGGUUUUUAUCCUCCUCUGCUCCUGGGUCUCGGGAUUCUCCUCGCAGCUGUGAGCAAAGUGUCAGGCCAGGAGGUAGUAAAUGACACUCCAUCCCCAGUUUACCCGUCCAUCAGAUUUCAAGUGCGCCACGUGGACCAUGUGUUUGUGCAGCAGGACAGGCCUGAAACAACAGCUAACUCCAGCCUCAAGUCUCAGACACAGAGCUUUCUCAUCUCUGGCUCCGGAGCCGGGCCCCUACAGCCAACAGUCAAUGCUUCCUAUGGACCACUAUCUGUAGAUGCCCCCAUUACUCCAGAUCUGCUCCUCAAUGGUUACAAGAUCCAGCCAGUCAUCUUAACUCGUCAGGUGCGUUCCUCCUCACCUGUGGUUAGGAUCCUAUUCCACAUGUCCUCACAGGGGGACAUUUCUGUGGCAGAAGGCAUCAGGAAUGAAGGAAGUGGAGUUAAGAGCAAAGAUGGGGCUCAUUGUGUGACCGCCUAUGCCUUUUGGGAGACCAGAGAAGUCCGUGGAGCAUGUUGGGUGUCUGCUGGUGGCUUCUGUGUGGCUCAGUUAAAGCCAGAACCAGUGUGGUUCAGCUCCUCCAGCCGCUCGGGCAGCUUCAGUGGAGAGGCAGGGAGAAGCGAGGGCAUGCGCGGGCUCCAGGGGAACCAGGCAGAGGUGUACUUCCAAAGCCGCAGUGAGCUGACAGGCCAGUGCACCCCUCAGGACAGCCUGCAGAGACUGUGGGUGGGCAGGGCCAGGGCUCCCCAGGGCUCUGGGACACCCAUGAGGCGCAUAGGGAAGGUCAACUUGCUCCGGACACCACCAGGAAAUCCAACCUAUCUGCGACUGAGGCUGGGAGGAGCUGUGGUGAUCCAGACCUCAUCCAAACCACUGAAAACCACGGAUGUUGCCACAUUUUACAUUUUCCUGGCCAGCAUAUCUACACUGGAGAACUUUACUCUGAGGGCGACAGUGAAGAGCGGCCUGUCCUUCAGCGCGGCUCGCCCCAGUGACUCUGCUCUGUGGGACAUCGUGGUAGAACCGGGCCUGGGCGCCACUCCCUACACCGUCUCUGUCUUCUGCCAGAGGAAAGUGGCUGUGACUGCAAAGAGGGGUCUUCUGGAGGUUUUGCAGCUGGACUUUGUGCCUAGUGAUAUUGCGGAGCACAUUGAAAGUCAGACAAUCUCGUGGCGUUUGGAGAUUCCAGGAAAUGUCAAAGAUGUAGGCCUGAUGCGAAUGUACACGGCACAGAGAGACUACAUUGGCCUCGCUCCACUGGUCAUGAAUGCUGACAUCUUAAACACUGCGGUCCUGACGGGUAAAAACGUGUCCAUCCCUGUGAAGACUCUGGCUGUGGAAGCUGACGGCUCUGUGACCAACGUGACCAAAUAUACCAGCUGCACAUCCACACAGCCAGACGUGCUCAAGGUCUCGGAGAGCUGUGACUAUGUCUAUGUGGACGGUACAGAGACGAUGGGGAGGAGCUCAGUGAUGGUCAACUUCACUUAUGGUUUCCUGAACGCACAGCUGGAGAUGAGAGUGUGGAUGCCGCGCUUGCCCAUGACCAUUCAGAUAGCCGACCCAGAGCUGAGUCAGAUCAAGGGCUGGAGAGUUCCCAUCACCACGGGCAGCAGGAGGUCAAACUGGGACAGUGAGGAGGAGGAGGAGAUGAGGAAGGGCAGAGGGUGCAUGCUGCAGUACCAGCACUCUCCCAUACGUGUGCUCACUCCUUUCAUAGCUCAGUCUGAUUCUGAAUCCCCACCUUCGACUCAAGAGGAGCCCCUGGAAUACUUGAUGGGUCCAGACUGGCAGGUGGAUGUGACCAGUCUUGUGCGCAGUUCUGUGAAAGUAGCAGAUCCAGAGGUCGCCAGAGUGUCUGAUGGUGCAAUCGUGCAAGGACGGGCUGUUGGCACCACCACUGUAAUGGUGGUGUCCCCAGUCACUUCUUCCGUGCUGGCAGAGAGGAGCAUUCGGGUGGUGGAUGAUAAAGUCAGUGUGACAGAGCUGGGGGUACAGCUGGUGUCAGGGCUCUCUCUGUCUAUGCAGUUCAGCCCCGAAGGCAACAGGGCAAUAGUCGCCACGGCAACUACCCGGGAGGUCAUCACGCAGCUCAAACAGGAAGCAGUGGUCACCUGCUGGGUCCAUUUCAGCGAUGGGGCGGUUGUUCCUUUGGACCUAUUUGAGCGCACUCUCUACUCCCUGAGCGUGAGCACUCCAGACGACAGAGUGGCCACCGUACGCCGCACCCCACAACACACGUUUGUACUGGCUCAAAGUCAAGGGGAGGGCCAAGGCGCGCUGGUGCGCGUGGAGCUGAGGAUCUGUGAGGACUGUCAGAAAUCUAAGAGGAAGAGCAAACUGGUGGUGGGCACUGGUCUGCUCCAGAUUAACUUUCAGAGUAAUAGCAUAUCUGUAGAUGAAGAUGAGAUAGGGAUUGCCACAGACGGAGUUAAAGGUUCCCCAUCAGAAGUGGUGGGUGAGAUUAAAACAUCCCAGCGUGCUGUAACAGAUGGCGAUAAACGCUUGUUUCAAAGCACAGUAACUGAUCCAACCACUGCUGCGGAAACAACCACUUCCACCAUUCUAUCCACCAGAUCUGUGCUACCACAUGUUGUAUGGAUUGGGAGCACCAGCAGGGCCACCAGAGCCACUACAUAUGCUGCAGCCACCACAGUCACAACAAUUAGCCCCAUACUCAAUACACCACAGAGUAUCACUAAACCCACCACCACAACAGCAGCGGUAACAGUGAAAGAAGAAGGCAAAAGUUUUGGCAAUAUGGUUGAGAAGUCUGAUUUACCUGCCAACAAGGACAUACCUAAAGCUGAGAUAACCCCUAAGAAGGACCCACCCCGAUCCAAAACACCUACUUUUAUUGAGAGUGACCUGAUAAGGACAUUCCGCUCCAUGUCCGACAUAGAAAUAGGCAUGUAUGCGCUGGUUGGAGUAUCGUGUGUGGCCAUUUUAGCUUUCCUUCUCAACUGUGCUUCAUAUACCUUAUGCUUUCGUAAUCAGAAGACACCCAUACAGGCUCCGCCCCCUCACCCGGGUGACCCUAAAGAUCACAAGCACGACUGGGUGUGGCUGGGGAGUGGCAACAACCAGCAUCGCAACCCACCUCCGCCAGGUACUCCAGCUCCCCCUGGUACACUGAAGAGAGAGCGCCCUCUAGAGUCACGCCAUUCAGUUGACUCGAUGGGACAUCACCACAACAUGGAAAAUGGCAUACCAACAGUGGCUGCACCUGCAAUGCCAGAGAGGACCGCCACUCUGGGAAGGUGUCGGACAAGCUCCCAGCAGCAGUUACCAUGCAAGCCCCUUGACCCUAUGGCUAACCGCUCAGCCACGCUGCUCGCCAGACCACACCGUACUGAGCCACUACACUCACCAACCAGUAAGAGAAACCAGGUCCAGUUUACCACCUUCACCACGCUGGACAUUAAGCACUUAGCUGCCCUGAAGAAGAAUGGUGUAGAUCUAAAUUGGGCUAACCAACAGGUGUCGCCACCCCCACCCCCUCCAGAACCUCAGGCACCCCUCCCUGACAUGCCCUGGCCUGUGGUGACACCCGUGGGAGAACCCCAGUGAAUGGACUGGGACUGGAAAAUGUGUUUGAGAGACUGGGAGAAAACUGAGCUUGUCUCCAAGAUGUUUUUUGUAAAUGAAAGAAAAUGGCUUCUGGCUAAUGCAUUUAAUGACAGAGACUGUAUGAAUAGAUGUUUGAAUAGAAUGUGUAAAUAAUCACUGUAAUGAGAUUUAAUUACAGAGGGGAAGAAAUAUAUAAUAUAAUAUUAGAGUGACAGCAGCUUCAAAUGUCUGAGAGCCAAACAUUUUUAUGUGAAGAUUUUUUAUGUGCUAUGACAAUAAUAUAGAUAUGACAAUAUUGUGAAUAGUCAUAUAUUUAUACUGUGUUAUUCUCUGUCUGACUUAUUACACAUGAUUUUAGAUCUUCUUUGACUUUUGUACACUAUGACUUGUUUCCUCAAACUACAGAUGUAUUUCUGCUUGUCAGGGUGAAUGUAGUAAAGCAGGGUGAUUUCUUGUAAAUUAUUCUAUGUUUUCUUUCCAGCUUUUCUUGUUUUAAUAUUUGAGUCCUCCGGAGAAUACCUGAAGAGUGUGUGCAAUUUGUCAGACAAUAUGCAGCGUUUAUUAAGUUACUGGCAACAGUUUUACCAUAUUCUGGGCUGGAUUUAUUCAAAUCAAGUGCGUGUUAUGCAAAUAUAGUCAGUGCAGACUUUAAAAUGGACAUUUUU